UGUUUUGUACACUGCCAGCCAUUGACUUUGCCGUACAAACUUGAAAACCAUACGCUCCCGAAGAAGAUCGAUCGAUCUUUCCUAGCCUUCGAAGAGUUCACAAGCUCGAUCGAUUGAUCAGUGAACGCAGACAAUUGAACCAAGUAGGAAGUUUUCGUUGUGUACUUUAUUUCAUUUCUGGGAAAAAGUUUUACCGCCGACCUCGGAUCCGUAAUCUUUAACAAUAACAUUGAUAAGUGUUAGAGAAGGGAAAAUCAAAAUUUGGAGAGUUUAGGAAAUUAUGUUUGUGUUAUGAAGAGAAUGGAUCACCACACAAUCGUUGUUUUUCUGUUACUUUUGGUUGAAUCAAUCAGUACGCAGGAUCAGUCAAAUAUUGCAAAUAAUGUGUUAUUAAAUUCAACAGUACAUAAUGAUGACAUACUGUUAAGUGCUGAGAAUCGAACGCAACUGCUUUUCCAAAGAAAUGAUCUUCAAAAGUUACCUGGCGCUUCGAAUCAGGUUCAGCCAGAGUUCCGGUAUGAUGAGGCGUCCUUUGCUGUGACUGAACUGGCUCGUAAAAUCGGCCACGUUUUAGGUCAACAAUCCAAUGCGGGUAUAUUUUCACCGGUCAGUAUUGCCUGUGCCUUGUCACUCCUGCUUUUGGGAUCGAAUAGCAAUACCAAAGAAGAACUCAGCGCAGCUAUGGGAUUCAACAUUCAACGGCUUAAUGAUAUUCAUCGGCAAUAUGGCUAUCUACUGGGCAAUUUGGCCUCGAGAGGUCCUGACAAAUAUCCAAUACCCUGGCGUCCCAACGACCAAUGUUCAGUAGAAUAUUCUGAAGAAGAGCAAAUAGAAUAUCAAAUCAUCAAUCUAGCUAAUGCAAUAUUUGUGCGCAAUGGCCUUCCAUUAAAUCAGCGAUAUGUCGAUCUGGCUACAGCCAUUUACAACAGUUCAAUUCAAUCGCUUAAUUUCGAGACAGACUCUCGGAAGGCUGCGGCGUCCAUCAAUUACUGGGCUAGCCAAAACACUUUCGGAAAAAUCAAUCGAAUUGUGUCCGAAAACAUAAGCCCAGACACACAGAUGAUUGUCGCAAAUGCUCUCUACUUCAAGGGCAUUUGGAAAAACAGUUUUGAGGUGGGAAACACAAUGCCAAAAAUGUUCUACCCCAAUGGCUACGAAAGUCCCGAAACUGCAAAAGAAGUUCUCACCAUGCUUUCCUAUGGAUGUUAUCCAUUCUACGAUGGGACGGACGAGUUCGAUGCCAAAGUAAUUGGACUUCCCUAUCAGGGUGAAAAAACUGCCCUGUACAUUAUUAUGCCCAACAAUUCCACCCGAAAAGUGCUUCAAAAGUUCCAGCGAAAUCUGGAUGCGGCCAAAAUCGGCACUAUGGUCAGCCGAAUGACGGUGAAAGAAUCGCUAGUUCAAAUUCCAAAAAUGAAAAUAUCCAAUACUCUCAAUCUACGGGACGUGCUGCAACAGUUAAACGUCAGGGGCAUCUUCAACCCGGUCACCAGUAAUCUUUCGUCCAUGUUGAAAUCCAAGGACAACCACCAACAGCCACCGCUCUUUGCCAGCGAAAUCAUCCACAAGGUCGAAUUGGAUAUUAACGAGCAGGGGACGGAGGGUGGAGCCGUUACGGCCUCGACCGUCUUCCGCCGAGUUCCCGCGGUAAAGAUGAAAAUAGAUAGGCCUUUCUUGAUGAUGCUGGGACACGACGAUACCCGGCUUCCGUUGUUUUAUGGAAGUGUUUUCGAUCCGGUAGCUCAAUAGUAUCAUCUAAAUGUGAAAAAAAGUGUUUUUGAUUUAGUAAAAUGGAUGGUUUGUUAUGCUCAUCGCCACAAAAUAAAUAAUCGAUAGCAUGAAGUGAA